CCUCUUGCCAUGGGAACGGGUCCGCCCUCUCUCGGCCCCGCCGCUCCCCAGGCCCCGCUCGAUCGUUCCGCUGCAGGCGGGUGUCGGAGUGGCCCCCAGAGAGGGAGGCGGGGGCGCAGCCCCUUUAAGAGCAGAGCCGCCAUGAUCUGCCUGGUGUUAGGGCUUUUCGCCGGCCUCUUCCAGACCGCCUGCAGCGGGGCUGGCGAACGCACGUUCGUGGCCAUCAAACCGGACGGGGUCCAGCGGCACCUGGUCGGGGAGAUCAUCCGGCGGUUCGAGAGGAAGGGCCUGCAGCUGGUGGGGCUGAAGCUCCUGCAGGAGCAGGCUGAGCUUUGCGUUCUUUGUUCUGCUCAGGCCUCAGAGGAGCUGCUGAGAGAGCACUACAUCGCCCUUCGGGACCGUCCCUUCUAUAGCCGGCUGGUGCAGUACAUGAGCUCCGGGCCGGUGGUGGCCAUGGUCUGGCAGGGCCUGGACGUGGUCAAAACGGUUCGAACAAUGAUUGGGGAGACAAACCCAGCAGAGUCCUUGCCUGGCACCAUCCGGGGAGACUUCUGUGUAGAAGUCAGCAAGAAUGUGAUCCACGGCAGUGACUCUGCUGAGAGUGCAGGGCAGGAGAUCUCCCUCUGGUUCCGCCCAGAGGAGUUGAUUUGCUGGGACGACACAGCUGAGCACUGGCUCUAUGCGUGAGAGGAGAAGCCCAAGUGAAGUUCAGCUUCCUUAUGGGGCAGGAGGCAUUUCCAUCCAUUUCUCGCUGCCUCUAGGGCUGGCUGUGGCUCUUGCUGCAGUGUUGAGUGAUGUGUGGGGUGCUUUUGCCUGCAUGUGGGUGGAGGGGUCCUGGGAGCUGUUUGGGGUCUGUAACUCUGCUGUUCAGCUCCCUGCCAGAGUGGCUGUUCCUCUCUCUCUCUCUCUCGCUCUCUCUCUCAUUUGGCUGUCGUCAGUGGUGGGGUUUGUCGCUCUGUUUCCUGCAGCAUCUGAAGCUUCAAGUGGCUCAAGGUGAUUUGAAGUGAAAACCAGUCUCUGCCCAUUCCUGUGGGCUCUCAGCACUGCCUAGCAUAAGAGGCCAUGUGCUCCUGGCUGCUGGGAGAGCUGCUUUGCUCACCACGAGGCGUUGUGAUCCAUAGCAUCGACCUGCAUUGCUCCGAGGUUCUUCCUCAAUGGCUUUUACAGAAUUGGGCUGCUAUGGGCUAAGGAGUAAAGUCCCCUUGAGGUAGAAGCUUGUUCCAAAACAAGGAACAAAGGGCAGGACAAGCCACUCUCUCUGCUGUGGUGGAAGCUGGCACCAGUUCACCUGGUGUCAGAUGUGAUCAGGGAGUUCAUGAUUUGUGGCAACCCAGUUUGUAACAGGUUGGACAACACCCUGCACUGCUGUGAGCUCUGCCUGCAACAUCAGCCUCCCCUGAGCCCCACAGCCCUCCUUUCUCCCAGCACUAUGGGGAUGGAGGGUCUCUCUCCAGUGACUGGGGCUUUCCUUGGCUGCAGACAGCCCCUCCUGCCUUCAGACCCUUCUCCGAAGAGCUGUUUGCAGCUCCUAAUGUGUGACAGGUUUCCUUGUUCCAUCACUCACCCAUUUGCAUUCUUUAAUAAUAAACUCUGCAGACCCCUCAUCUCUCCUUUGGUUGUUUUCCUCAGGGACCAGGAGGGCAGAGGGAGUGGUAGCCAACCCACGGAGCUUUUGAUGUGUUUGGGAUGGGAGUCAGUGCAGUUGAUAACCAGCGAGGGUUAAAUGAAGCCCCAUGUAGUUGUGGUUUGGGCUGUUCAUGUGCAACUUUGCCUCGGAUGACACAUUCCCCAGUUCAGGAUAACACUGUCUCCUUGGGCAAAAAUCAGAAAGGUGUGGAAGGUUUGAUGCAGUGUCAUACUUCCGUUGGUAUGCAUUUUCCAUUCCCAGUGUCCCUGUAAUUGUAAGCUUUAUGGUUUUCUGAACCCUAACCCUAAUUGUGUGCAAUUUUGGGGGCUGAAAUGUGUCUCCAGCUCUACUGGUGAAAACAACCAGAAAUUGAAAAUUUGAUGCAGUGUCAUACUUCCAACAAUACUUGUUACUUCAACAGGCAUGCCCUUUCUAUCCCCAGUGUCCUCUGUAGCCAUUCUGGUUUUCUGAACCCUAGACCUAACCCUGUUCUCACAAGAGCAGCCCCUCCUUUAGUGGCUAUCACAAUAAGCUGAGCACUGUCCUUGCAAGGGGAGUUCUGUUUGAUGGCCACCCUGACACUGUCCUUACGCGA